UUGAGUGACAUCUGGCGAUGCAAAUGGAACAGGAAUGGUGCCAUUGUUGGUGUGGCUGUGAAGUCAAUCAGGACUCAAGCAGUAAAUGAAGAGGAUACGAAGAAAAAAAAGGCUUCGCCGCGAGCUUAAAGUUUGGUCGCGACUUAGACACGAUAACGUUGUACCACUGUACGGCACUGUGUCCGGCUUUGGCCCAUUCGUCGCACUGGUUUGUCCCUGGUACGACAAAGGAUCGCUUUCAUGUUAUCUUGAAUCUCUUGGCGAGACUUUGUCCAUGAUCAAUCGUUUCCAACUGCUCGGUGAUGUUUCCGCGGGUCUUCAAUACCUUCACUCAUGCUCUGUUGUUCACGGCGAUCUCACUGGGUCCAAUGUCCUCAUCUCAUCUGAUGGGAGGGCCCAUCUAUCUGACUUUGGUCUUUCCGUCAUAGUCGUGGAGUUCGUGGGCACGUCUUAUUUCACGUCUGCCUUGAGUGGCACUGUGCGGUGGACAGCACCCGAACUUCUUGCAAUUCCCGAAGAAGAUAGUGCAACCAUAAUCCCAACAUCACAAAGUGACAUAUAUUCGUUUGGGUGUAUCAUGUUCCAGGUGUUGACGGGCAAGGCUCCAUACUCCGAGUUCAAACGGGACGCACAAGUAGUGGUUGCAAUUUCUCUCGGAACAAAACCGUUGCGCUCUGAGUCCCCCGCCAUCAUAGAUCACCAUUGGGGUUUCAUUCUGAACUGCUGGUCAAUCAAGGACUACAGACCAUCUGUUCAGCACGUAGAUGAGUACAUCAAAGGCCAGCUCCACAUCUUACAGCAUGAAACAUCUUCCGAUUAAUCUGUUGGGGCUGGCUUAUCAUGAAUCAUGCCUAAUCGUACGGACCUUACUUCCUAUUUUCGUGCAACAAGAACCAUCGCUCAUCAUUUGAACUAAGUUCUGUAUCCUCGGAAGUUCUUACAUAGUAAGGACCAUGCAAUAUUACUGGCCCCAACGCUUGAUUCGGUAUCAGUGAACCAGUCACUGAUCGGUUAUCCGUGCCAGGAUGUCAUCAACUGAUGCAAUGAGGUCGUCUUCUCUGCAUGGCCUCGCGAAUAUGGUUAC